AUGGAGUAAUACUUAGAGAAAUUAGAUGUAGAGUGGUUUUUUGAUAUUAAAAUUUAGUGCUAAAUUAAAUACAUUGACUACCACAUGACUAAGCCUUGGAUUGCUUACUCUACAAAUAACAAUGUAGUUUAGAUUUGGGAUUAUGAAAGAAAAAUUUGUAUAAAAAGUAUGCAUUCGUAUACUAUUGAUAUUAUUGAUCACUCAAAAAGUACUGAAAUUAAAGGUUUAAAAUUUUUAGAUGCAGAAACUUUGCAAUGGAUGUUUCCAUCCAACUCCCUACUCACUCCAGAAUAUGAAGAAAUCAUUAAAAAAUUUUCUAACCAUUGGCUAAUAAUAUAUUCUGAGUCAAAAAUAUUCUUUUACGACUACAUACUUGAUAACUACAAAGCAAUCAGUCCAUAAGAUUUAGAAUAAAAAAGUGUUAAAAUUAUUUAAGCCAUAGACUAUCAAUACAUAGCAAUAGGAUGUGGUGAUGGCUCUAUUAAAAUAUUUGAUAUAAAUCAGUGGAUUUUCUCAAAGACUAUGAGAGAAGUUCAUUCAAAAGCAGUCAAUUUUAUAAUUCCUUACAAGCAAGAUCAAAGUAGUCGUCCACGUUUAAUUGUUAGUUCCUUGGAUGGAAAUAUAUCUUGCUGGAAUGUAGAUUCUAACACCGAUACUCCUUCUUUUAAGCUUUAUUUCAUGAAUAAAAAAGGCAAGACUUCAAACGAUGAUGAAAAUGUAAUUUCUAUGACCUAUGAUCCUAAUACUUUUAGUCUGGUAACCGUAACAGAAGGAUAUGUAACAGUAUGGAAUAUGAUGACUAGUAUGGAGUUAAAAAGGUAUAAAAAUGGAAAGGAUAAAGACUAAGUGAAAGAAGCUUUAUUUUUCAAUCAUCCUUGUUAUGGAGGAAAUACUUUGAUUUUCCACUCGAACAAAAUGGAAUUAGGUCUGUUUUAAAUAACAAAGUAAAAUAGUGGAUCAGAUAGUAAAAGUGAUAGAAUUGUUACAAAUUUAUUAUAUGAUUUGAAAAAUAACUAAGAACUUGAUAAAAGCUUAAAAAUUAUUACAAUGCAAAUCCAUGCAUUAAAACCUAACAGAAUCUUUUUGGGAACUAAUAUGGGUCUCUAUAUUAUUAAUCUUAACAAAUUCAAGCUUCCUCCUAUUUGCUUUAACCACUUUUUCUCAACGAAUCACACAGUAUCUCAAAUGAAAGAUUUUUUGAUUGAUGACGGAAUUCUUAAAAAAAUGGAUAAUGCUAUGAUAACUAAGCUAAGAGACUAUGAGAACAAAGCUCAACUCAACUAAACAACUAUGAAUUUUGUUUAUCUACAUUUAGGUAAUUAAUCAAUUAAUUGCACAUUGUUUGAGUUACAGGCUUAGCAAAAUAAACAAAUAAGCUAUUCAUAGGUCACUUGCAGACAAUACUAAUUUAAAAAUCAUUUUAACUGGGAAGAUAGUGAGAUAUUAUCCAGUACAAGUGGUAAAUAUAUUAGUUGUUUUAGUAGAAAAAAUGGGUAUUUCGAAAUAUUGAAAGUAAAUAAUUCUCACUUCGUAGAUAAGAAUAAAAUCAAUUUAUUACUUGAUGGAGAUGAAACUUUGCAUUUUCUCAGUUAAUUAGAUUGCUUAUAUAGUGGGUGUUGCACAUCUUUAGUUUGGCAUUAGUAUUGUGAUGAAUUUGCAGCUUUGAUGCCUAUAAAUAAAACUGGCCAAUUUAUAAAGGCUACUGAGAAAGUAACAACAAUUUCAACAGGAGGGCUUUUUAACCAAAAGACUAUCCAAACUUAUAGCACUUCUUACUCAGAUCACAUUCAAAAGAUUAUAUUUGUAUUAUUUGAAAUCAAUGAAGACCCUAAGGCUAAAGUAGAAGAAGUUUAUAGAAAAGAUUCAUUUUUGAAUCCAACUAAGCUUUUUGCAGGAGAGUUUUAUGGAAUUGUAGAUUUAAUGACGGAUAAAGAUAUGGAAGAGAUAAUGAGCAUAAAAGAUAGCAAAGCAAAAGACUAAAUGAUUGCAGAUAAGGAUAAAGAUAUGGAUGAGUUAAACAAGAAAGAAAAAUUAGUAAAAGAAUAAAUGAGAAUGCUCAAGCUUAAUAAAUGUGAGUUCUUUGAAAUAGAGAGAGCUUAAAAUACUACUUAAAAGUAGACAGCUAUUUAUAUAAAAGUUGGUAAACCAAUAAUAGAGCCACGCAGUGUUUAUUGGAAUUUAAAUCACGAAAUAUGCAUUGUUGUUUACUUAGAUUUUCUUCUUAUUAUUAAGUAGUAGAAGGAUACUUUUUAAUUCUUUAAAAGUUUAAACUUAUAAAUUAUUCAUGGAUAUUUUUUAGAAGACUUGUUCUUUUAUGUAACUGAAGAUUUAAUAGGUGUUUUAGUAAACGAUUUUAGUGAUGAUGUUUUAGAUAUUCCUUUGGCUAAGUUAGAAAGAGUUGUUUCAAGAAAUGAAAUUUUAAAUCUGGAAGAUAUCUUGUGCAGUGGAUAAGAAGACUACUCAAGUUCAUCUCAGUUAGAUUAGUCUUAACUUGAAUAAGAAUUUUAAGAUACAAUAUAUCCUGAGAUACAAAAAAGACCUCCUGGGAUAUUAAAGAUUUUAAUGAUUUAUGAUUAUAAAUUAAUUUUGAUAAACGAAAAGAGAGAAAUAGGAAUCAUUAAUUUGACUCACCCAUUCUUAAAGUUUUGUAUGUUUUUACAACAUAAUGAAUUUAAUAGUUGCUUAGAGUUAUGUAAGGUAUUUGACCCUAAUUUGCAUUAUAUGUUUACUCAAAUGUUUAUUAAGAGAAAUGCACUUUCGUUUGCUACUAAAUUAGAAGGAUUAUCUUUGAUAGAUAGGGCGAUCAUUGAUUUAGAGCAUAACAAAUUAGUCAAUACCAGCAUUUCUGUGCAAUUUAUUUAAGGUCUUUUUGCUGAAAAAAGAUAUUCUACUAAGCAAAAGAAAUCUUUACUUACAUAUCUUGCAGUCAAAAUGCAUUAAAUAGAAAAAUUUGACGAAGUGAAUAUGAUCAUUUAAUAUGGUUUGCAGUAUUCAAUAUUUGAUAAUGAAACUAACAUAAUUUUACUCUCAAAUGAUGAAUAACUUAUCAAUUUAUACUGUGCUAAGUACUGUGGAAAUUUAGUAGUUCCUUUCCUUAUUAAAAAAUUAGGAUCAUCUGGUCUAAAGGAUAAGAAAGUUAUUACAGAUCUUUGGAUUAAAUAGAUGUAAAAAGUUUUAGGACUUGUAGCUAAACAAUAAAUAGAAUGA